UUACCGCCUUGGUGGGGUGUGUCUGCAGAUCUCCGGCGCCCACAGUGACCGGCAGCUGGCAGCAGCCGCACCGCUCGGCGAAUCUGAGUGUGUCGGCCACCUCCUUCCAGCCGCCCUCGCCCCCUCCUCCACCACCCACAUGGCCUUCAUCACAUCGCCGUGGCUCAGCUGAUCGUCGAACUGCACCACACCGCCCACCCCCGCCACCUCGAUGGCCUUCGGCAGCCGAAUAUUGCGGACGAUGGGCCGCAGGGCGUUUCUGAUGGGUCGGGCUGUUGACUUGAGGUGGGCGAUAGUGGUGAGGGCAGACAGUGACAGGAUGACGCUCAU